AAAUUAAUUAUACUAUUUAUUAAUCAAUAACUUAGACCAAUUAUUUGCACAAACAAUUACAUAAUACAAACUAGCAAACAACUUCUUAUCAAAGCAGAUACAAAAUAAAGCAUGAAAUAAAAAGCUGCUUGUUAGAAAAAACUAUUUUAUUUAGCGCUUUUUAUAGCAUCUAUAUUAUAAUUUAGCAGGGCUGAUUUGACAGAAUAUAGCUAUUAGAGCCCUUUUAAUAGCUUUAGGAAUCUUAUACAGACUGAUUAGUGCAAUUACGAAUGUGGGACUUGUGAUAGCUCAACUCCUAAAAUUUGUCUUUCAUGCAAUCCUUCUUCUAACAGACAAUUCGUAGCUAACUCUUGCCCUUGUAUAACAGGGUUUUUGGAAAUAAAUCAGCCUAUCUGCGUAGCUUGCCCAUAAAACUGUCUUAACUGCAGCUAAUUGAAUAUAUGCGAUUAGUGCAAUACAGGUUAUUUCAAAUAUAAUAACUAAUGCUACUUACAAUGCCCAGCAAACACUUAUUUAGUUCCUUCAACUUUUAUUUGUUAAGAUUACUUGUAAUACCAAAUAGUUUAAUCUAGAGAUUCUAAGAAUAGAAUAAUUUUAAGUUUCCAAUUUAAUUAUAAGCUCAAGACAACAAACUUACCUACCACCUUGAUUAUUAUGAAAAUAGUAGAAGAUCUUUCAUUUCAGUAUGUGUAAAUAGUUGGAUUAGAUAGUACUGCUCCAAAUGAAUUAAGAUAUUUAAUUUAUCCUCAAGUCAGUAUAACCUAAUGCACUCUCGUCAUUGUAAGCUAUGAUAUUAGUAAUUUAUUAAGCAGUGAUAUUUCUGUUCCAAUUAAACAGCUAGAUCCUACUAAUCCAAUUAAAAUUACUCUCGGAGCAUACUUGUAACCCGCUUCUACAAGCAAUUUAAAUAAUUUGAAGAAUUCAAGUUCAUUCUUGUAUGACUAAAAUUCUACCAGCUAUAGUGUGUUUUACGUUUUUCGUUGCUUGGCCAUUUUUAUUCAUAUAUUCCCUGCUCUUUAGUUUAUUAUGGCUCUUUGCUAUAUGCAGAUAUUUAGCACUCCACUAUAUUAUUAUUUUAUUAAGUUGUUUGGUGGAUUUGGUAUUAACUAAUUACCAGAUUGGCAGUUGUAAUUAGGUUAAAGUUCUACUGCUUAGUAUGGUGACUACAAACUACCAUAUCUCUACUACAUUUUACAACUAAUAUUGAUAUACUUCAUUUUCGGCAUCUUUAAAUGGGUUUAUGAAGUAUAUAAAAAGACUGAGGUAGAUCAUUUAUGCAAGUUCGAAACCAUAUUGAGGGUUCAUAUUUGGACUAUCACAAUUUUGCAAUACAUUCAUUAGAAUCUCCUUUUCUAUUUAGCUUACUAUUCUAUUUUUAUAUUAUCGCAAACGGAUUUUUCCACAUCUGCAUAACAAUUUUUCUUUAUUUUAGCUCUUAUUGUAUUAUUCUAUUUGGCAAUCUAUCAUGUUGUAGGCGCAUAUAGAAUAAAGAUAAAGAGUUAUCACUUUUUUAUCACCUACAUCAAAGAAAUUGAAGAUGAUUUAUGGCCUUGCAGAUAUUAUCUUUUUGGAGUAGGAAACACCAAAAAGAUAUUAUUCAACAUCCUUGUAUGCUCUCUAUUUAAUGAAGAUUCUUUAGUUAUUUGCAUUAUAUCAUUUAUAAUAUACUUAAGUGCUUUCCUAUACACCAUUUAUUUUAGGCCAUAUGAAAAUAUCAUAGUUUUGUGGUUGAAAAUAAUUGAGGAACUCUCUUAAGUUGGAUUGUUUACUACACUUCUCGCAGCACAGAUAUACUAUAAAUAAGAUAAUUUUGUGGCUAAAAGUAAAUCCUCGUAUCAGUCAAUUGAUUAUGCGUGCUUAGCUUUUAUUAGUAUAUUCAUUUUCAUCAAUAUCAUCAAAUAACUCCUACUUCUUAAGCACAUUUUCUAUAAAAAUUAAACAACUAAAAGAACGAUAACUUAUCUUCACAAAUUUGAUGAGAACUACAAAGACCCUUUAUCGACUAACAGGAAUUUAAAGCUGAUUGAUAAAAGCAUUUAGGAAAAUUACUAUGCAGUCAGCGGUAACUAAUCAAAAUUUAUAUCACCUCAAAAAAACUAGGUGAAUAAUUCACAAGUGAUGAGUUAACAUGAAAUAGAAAUGAUUCAAAAUUUAUAAAACCAAAGAGAUAGUACAGAAGUAAGAAAAAAGUUUUAAAAUGCAGUAGAAAAAACUAAAUUAUAAGAUUAGGUUGUGAGUUAAUUUAAGUAAAAUCAUUAAAAUUAUGUUGGAUAAUAAAAGUUCUAAUCAAAUCCGUUCGUUUAAGCAAAUCCUUUUAAGGAAACCAAAAAUGGACUUGUUUAAUAAUUCUGCUUAGCAGAUUUGUAUGGAAAUAAUAGCUAAUUUACUAAAAAUAUUUUAUCUAAUCACAGUUCAAAAUAGAAAAAAAUAGGAUAACAAAAUGGAUAAUUUAAAAUGAAGUAAGCAGAAGACUAAGCAAAAACAUAUUUUGAUUAAGUGUAUAAUAAAUAGCAAAAUAAUGAAUAAAUUGGUAAAUAUAAAUCAAACUAGAAUUAAAACUUCUCAUCAAUUGAAAAGAAUAACUGGUACUAAAGCCAGUAAAAAUAAAAUAACUAAUAAUCUGAUAAUAUAUUUAUUUAAAAUCCUUUUCUUCAAAAUGCCUAAAAGCCAUAAAAUCUCUAAAAUAUCUCUGAAGAAGACAUGAAAAAUUAAUACAAUUAAAGUGACUUAUAAAACAAUAAUCAAAACCCUAUAAAGUAAACUUAAGGAGAUGAUUUUAGUAAAUAAGCAGAAGGUGAAACAAAUUAAAAGAAGUAGGUGAACGAUUUAAACUAGAUUAUGAUAUCAAAUAAAGGUGAAAAUGAAUUUUAUUACAACGGAGGAGAAUCAAUUGAUCUAUAAGACAUAAAUAACUAGCAGCAUUUAGAAUAAAUAGCAGAUACUUUGAAUAAAGAGUAACUACAAAAAAAUUAAGAUAAUAACAAUAUUUAAAUUUUUUUCCAAAAAAAGUUGAAUGAUGACUCAGUUUAAUAUAUACAUGACGAUUAAAGCGAUCUCAGCAAUAUAAAUGGUUCAUAACAGCCUCAAAGCUAAAAUAAUCUUCAGGAAAAUAAAAAAAAGAACACAUAAAAUAAUAAUCUAUAAUUAGAUAAUAUCAAUUUUCAACCUCCUCCCUCUGCUGACAACUUCAUAUCCCCUGAAUUUAAGAAACCAACUACAGAAACUAACCUUGAGGAAAACCUAUACUUCAAAAAAGCUGUUAAGAAAAGUUGA